CAAAAUCAGCUCAGAUAUGCAACUAACCAGUCGCUGCCUAAAUCAAGAUCUGCGCCUGAAUCAUUCUUAACAAGUUCGAACCUUCACGUUUAAAGCAUUCUCUCGACAGAGCAGUCAAAAUCUGUGUGCAUCAUCCCUUUGUGCAACUUAAGUCUGCAAAUAAAAUGGUCGUUACCUUCCUCAAAGCCCUCUUAGUCCUGGCUUUCGGCAGCAGCUUAAGCUCGGCCGACACCUUCAAGUAUGGCGACAGGGACGGGAACUUAUUCCUAGAUGUUUCGAUAUGCGAAGCUCAAAGCAAUCGCCCCGAAUGGGGACUCGUCGAGCCUUGGACGAGCGACUAUGUUGCUGCCCUUCAAGAGAAUAGAUACGGCGACGCUAUAUGGGCCCGCUAUCAGAUGUUCGGCGGUACUUCGAAUGGCACCCAUCUAGAGUAUCCGCAAUGGACAGUCCGCGAGGCGAUCGAGGAAGACGCCAUUGGAUAUAGACUUCAUGCGCGAGACAAUUGGAAAUACGCCAUUACUGUCUACGCCAAGUCAAGAGCUACUAUCGGCUAUUUAAAGAUCAAGCUCGAUUACAUAAACGUUUUCAAGAAGGGUAACUACCCGGUUUGAUUCAGCUUUGCUUCGAGACGCGAAGCAUCAUGAAAGGACUUGGAAAUUUACAUUUCGGUCUUUCUGUUCAGAUUUCGCUCUUUGCUAUGCUUCAACGAUGAUGGGAAUUUAUAUAUACGCCCCAGACCAGGCUGGCAGCUUGUUCAAACAGCUACUUAGUCAUAACCAUCGAAGGCAUUCAUGCACAUUCCCCAGGUGUAGCCUCCAACUUCUCCAGUUGGUGAUUCGUUCCAUUUUGAGGUGAUGCAUGUCUUGAAAGGUCUCAAGCCAGA